UUCCGGUUUGAACACUUUGACCAUCGCCCUCGCCGAGGUGCUACGGCCAAGAGGUCCUUGAGCCGCACUUUACGAGGAUCCGCGUGCAAUAGAUGACUUCGAGUCCUUAUUCUCGAGGAUGUUGGUGUUGAAUUCGCCUCUCGUUCGCUUCAGUAUAUGAAGUGUUCGCUUGCUUCUCUUUUCGAGAUGUUCAGCAUCUUCUCGAUACGAAAGCAACGAUGGCAGAGGCACAGUCAGAGUAUCGGCACAACCUCGACUCGCAUACGGCGAAGUUGAUCUUGGGUGUGGUGAUCGUGUUGUCGCUUGCGGAGUUUGCGGUUUUCCUUGCGACGUACGGUUAUGAGAUGAUCCUCGCCAUUCGUUAUCCGGAGCCUGGGUCGUCGCGGAUUUUGGGUUUCGUGAUGUUGGGGAUGUUUAUCGUUAUUCGGUCUAUGUUCAUUCCGACGUAUCUUCAGUACAACCCGUUAUUUUCGAAUGGCAGGGAACACCAUGCGAGUAUCGUGUUUGAGGUUACGCUUUGGAUUUUGGUCGUUUGGGCGAUUGCGGUGUUGAGUAUUCCGCCGACGUUGACGAUGUACUAUUGGUGGAGGUAUGGGUUGGGGUCGAAGAAGUUGGAAAUUGGGGAUCCGGAGAAGUUCAAGUGGUACAAAGUGAUAGUUGUCGUUCCUGUCUACCGCGAGUCUGAGAAACUUCUCAGAGGGUUGAUUCGGAGUUUGGCGGCCAUCGACUAUCCCGAAGAUAUGAUUGAGUUUCAUAUCGCAUUUGAUGAGGAGUCGAUUACACAGGAGUUUGAGAUCGUGAUGGAUGCCCUUGGUGCUCGACAGGAGAAGAGGGAUGACUAUCUGAAGCAUACCGACUUGCAGUUCAGCGGCAAACAGUUCUAUGUUCACCGUUGGGCACAUGGUGGGAAGCGCGAGACGCAAGGUAAGACUUGGGGGUAUAUCUCGACGCUUCAUGCGAUGCAUGAUCCGGAGGAUAUGUGUCUUAUGUUGUGUGAUUCGGACAACGAUGUUUAUUCAACUGCCAUUCAUAACUAUGUCGUUACGAUGAACCGCGAGUUGAUUCCGAGGUCGGGCAACACGAAGGUUGCGUUGGCAGGGUAUAUGACUUGUAUCUCGUCCGGGAGUGGGAGGUGGAAUCCGAUGAGGGUGUUGCAGGAUACUGAGUACGUUGUCGGGGAGAUCUGUCGUACAUUGGAAGUCAUGCUUGGCGAUGUAAACUGUCUUCCGGGAGCAAUGACCUUUCUCAAGUACGAGGUCUUGCAAAGGUUGGGGCCGAUUUACUUUGGGGGGAGGGAGGAGACGAACUUGAUUGAUGCGCAUCGUCGGGUGCUCGGUGAGGAUCGAUACUUGACGCAUUUGAUUCAGCAGUAUUAUCCGGUGAGAUCGAUUGGGUUCGCACCGGCUGCGAGGGCAAAGACGGAGCCUUGUGCGACGUUACAGUCUCUUGUUCGUCAACGGCGUCGGUGGUUGUUGGGUGCAAUUUCGAAUGAGUCGUAUAUGCUGAUCAACCCUGGCAUGUGGAGGAAGAUGCCGCUGUUGUUGGCGGUGAAGUUGAUGAUCUUCGGAUGGAGGUCAUCGAUUAUCUCGCAAGGUCUCAUGGCGUUCGGGUGUAUCUACGCGUACUUUGUCAUGCCGUCAUCUUCAAUUCCGAAGACCAUUCCCGCGACGUUUGUGCCUUAUGCUAUCGGGUGGAUUGGGAUUACGAUUAUCUCGAUCCGAAUCAAGCAUUAUAAGGUUCCGUUUAUCUGGCCUUUCUUCCUGUUGUUUGGGCAGUUUUAUCAGCUUGUGAUUGAUGUUUACACGACGUUCACCUUCACUAAGAUCGCCUGGGGAGGAGCGAGGAGCGCAGCUGCUUCUGACAGCAGCGCCGUAUCUGAAGCUGGUACGGAUGAGGUCGAGAAGAAGGAUGGCGACGAUAUCAUUUCUACCGUCGUCGAGCUUCGCUCCCCAACCGACUCGGCUUACGGUAGUAGUCCAGCGACUGCUCAAGUCUCAGCUCUCAACAGUGAGCCACCGUCGCCGAGAAAGGAGACGCAGGUCUUGACGGGCGAGAUUGAUGGGAUCUCCAUUAUCUCCACAGAUAGUUUGCCGGCGAUGAUGGGUAUGGGAUUGGGUAUCACGAUGCCUGAAGAGGCGUGCGUCAAUGAUGCGUAUGGGAAUGCAAAGGCGGAGACGGGAUCUAUUGCCAGUGCUGAUUCGAAUUCGCCGAUGGUGGCGAGGGUGGACUCGAAUCAGGACGCCGACGUCGACAGUAUUACCGGUAGUGGUGGAGGACGUCGCGGCAGCAAGUUCAAAAUGGGAAAGAAUUGCAUUGUUAUGUAG